CUCUUCAACUAAAAUGUAACCAAGUUGUUAUCACCAACUUUUGCUACAGGAAAUCAUAGCAUAUGAACACAAGCAUACACCUUUGAAGUGAUAAGAAAUGAUGAUAUAUAUUGUGUACUGCAAUUUGUUUAAGCAAUUACACUCCCCUCACAAAAGUAUUGCACCACCUCGAAGGGGGGAAAAUGGCGCAAGAAUUAUCGAAAGCUAUUUUUGUGCAAACUGAUUGUGUUUUUAAGUGGCGAAUGGGAAUGGGUCGGAAGUGAAACAACCACCAAUCAAAUCUCCUUCUUUUUAGAGCACUUCUUUUAAAAUUAAAGUUUCAAACGUCUUUUAACAGUUUCAAAUUUUAAUAUUUUGACGGGAGCUGUGAACUUUUGAAACCGCUUUAUGCCUUCUUGAAUUGGUUGCAUAUAAUUGGGCAAUGUAUUAUUGGGGAAUUUCAUUCCAAAUCUGAAGAAUUCUUUUAAUUAACGAUUUUUUGGCUCUUCAAGAACCUUUUAAAUCAUGGUUCGUAAUGUUUUUCAUACGAAGCCAAACAUUUUCAAUGAUGUACAAAUCUGGACUUAAUGGACGCCACGGAAAAACUUAAAUUCUUUUUGUUUGGAAAUGAAUCGAUGUAAAAAUGGUUUCCUUUUAUGCAGGUAAAUUUUUAUUUUAUAUUUUUGUAAGGCACUCAUUAUUUUUUGUUUGGAAGAAUUUUGAGCUGCAAAACAUUGCUCAACGUCGAGUUUCAUGUCUUUUACUGUCCCUUGGUGUAAACAUGGUGAAAUAAAAUAGACAAAUUCUAUUUUAUUAUAUUUUAUUGAUAUUCUGUAGAUAUCUACAUAGCGUAAUUAUUAAUUUUCAACAAAAAAAUGCUUUGAUUGCAUAUGACCUUUAAGGAGUCUGAAAUGUGUUAGUAACCAAAUGUUUUAGUUUGUGACAUGGCACACAUGGUUGCUGCUCGUGGCAACCUCUUUCACCAUGAUUUCUUCGCCCCAUUUGAAGGGAGGGUAGCUGGAAGUACGCAAGAAAAUAUUGAAAAUGCUACAUCGGGGUCAUUAAUUCUUUCUUUUCUUUGGCUGGAUAAUAACAAUGCAUGUGAUAUUGCUUACUUGCAGGCUAUCGACCUGCAAAACGAAGUUGGUAAUGGAAACUUUCUAAAGGGGAAAUGACACUGGUUUGUAAGUGAAUUUUGAUGCCAUAGGAAGGCAGUCUUUAGUAUUAAAUUUUUUCCAAACAGUCGUCAUGAGAAAUUAACAGAAGGAAAUGCAGCAACAUUUCAUGAAACAGAUCCUAUGCAUCAGGUCAAUGUUAAAAAGACAGAGGAAGAGGAGAAUGAAUUUGAAUGGGACUGAGACGAAGUGGAGGCAGCAAGUUAUGCUGAUGAUCAUACAUAUAACCAAAUUUUAGCUGAUGAGCCCCUAUCUUCAGGUGUUUGUGAUAACUUUGCAAACGUAGAUUUAUCAUCACCAGGUGUAUGCCAUGAUUUUACAUGUAAUGACCACUUUUCAACAAAGAAAAAUGCCGUUAAUGGCUCUGGAGAGGAACAGGAAAGGAAAGUUGGAAGUAAUGUUGAGAUAAAUGACGAAGCAGAUAGCUUGGACUUUGCAGGGGAAAGUGAUACCGAAGAGCUGAUUUCAAAUGAAAACAGUUCCCCAACCUUGAAGCGUGUCACAUUUAAUUUAAUUUGCAGUCCUAUAAAAUCCCGCAAGAGGAUAUAGUACAACGUAGAGCAGAUUGUUAAAACAAAGGUUAUUAGAAGUAAGUAUUUUAAAAGUGUAAGUACCAAGUAAAAGCAUUAUUAAUGUAGCCUAUUUUAGACGCAAAGUAUGAACAUUUAAUCCUUUAUAGAUAUUUGUUCUUCUAGAAAUUCACCUUUGAAAUUAUCAUAUAAAGCGGAAGCACCACAUAACCUGCAUAAAAGUAUACAGCAACCCCUGGAAGCCAUUUGAGUAGGAACAGACUCUUUGUCGUUCUUCAAUGAAAUACCUAGUGUAUUCACAAUUCACAAUACAAUCUGACAGAGGCGGGACUUCAUGUUUCAGGUGGGUGGGGGGGGAUAUCCUUGAGAAACAAGCAAAUUUCCUGUCAUACGACAAAAUUUUAACGACAAAAGCGCUAAAAACAGUUUUCAAUUUUUUCUAAAUGAACUAAGAAAAAUCUGGGGUGCUUUUGCCAAACCAACACCCUUGAAAUUUUGUUCAUUGCUAUCUGACUCUUAAAACGUCUAUUCUUCCUUGCAAGGGUUUACUGAACAGAAGCACGUGUAGAGUUGAAUUGCAUAUAAGAAAUUAGCAAUUUUGCUUCAAUUAUUUGAAUACUUUUAAAGCUACAUAGUGAAUAAAUAAAAGAGAUACUGCACCAAAAAUGGUUUUUUAUCACAUUCGUACGUUCUGAAAAGACAUUAAUUUAAAUUAAUAUGGCAUCUAAUAGAACGUAUUGAAACAGAAAGAGUAAACAAGGUGCCUCAAUUAGUAACAUUUUAAAACAAAAAAGUUCAGUUAUACAUCUAUGUAUGCAUAAUUAUAUAUUCACCUUCGCUGAAAGUUUUUUCCAAUCGGAAGAUUUUUACUAGUUUAACAAUUUCCAAGAGAGUAUUUUAUAGAAGGUUUGAAGAAAAACAGCAAGCCUAUUCCAGGGCCCUUCGGGCCAAUUUUAUUUACGCAGGUGUGUUUAUCACAAGCACUAAUGCGCAAAAUUACUGGGAAUCUUGCAAAAGUGGAAAAAGAUAUGCACGCAGGCUGCAAGCAAGCAUUACCAUAGGCCACUUUCGCUGCCAAGAGUCGCAGGUGCGGACGGUUUCCUCCCUCCUUUAAAAGUUACCUCAGAUCUAUGACACACAGUUGUGCUUUGUCUCUUGGAAAUCUUUCUAAUUGUAAGGGAGAUUGAUAAGCCCUCUUUCCUUGCUGAAUUUUAGUCAGAUUUGUAUUAUUUGAACAGUAACUUUUGCUUUUAUGUACAAUCCUCAGUUGAUUAAGUGUUUUCCACUUAUUUUCGACUGCAUAUGAAGUUUUUUUUCAUGUUGACAUUCCGAUCCUAGUUUUGAUUCUAAAAGCGAUUUGAUAGAUUUUUAUUCUUGAAAAUAACGACAACACAUUAAACUAAUGGUACAACUGAUAAUUUAUACCAAUUCCAAGAUCAAAAUAAUAAAAAAAUUUAGAAAAAAAUUCCGCUAUAUUCUGGGAUUCCGGUAUUCUAUGGCUCCUUUAUCUUCUGGGGCUCUUCACCACCAUAUCACAUAAUUUCAUGUUCUGGAUUUCCCUAAAUUGUUACGUGUCCUACAAGAAUUACUAAGGAGACCACAUAUCUAGUUCAUCUCAUUUUGACCAACAUGCCACACAAUAUAACCAAGACUAUUGUCCUCGAAUUUGUUAUAAGCGAUCAUUGUAUGAUUGGGACUGUGCAAACUCGAGCAAAAAACAAUACCUGAGGGGGGCAGGCUUUAAAACAAGAAAACAGAUAUAUAACAAAGAGAUAUAUUUGGACAAAAUCAAGGUCAUGGAAUAAUAAAUAUGCGAAAUUUUUGUGUUUUCGCUUUCACGCGAUGUUUCCUAUUUGGCCUAAAAUCUGUCUAAGGCAUGUUUUGAUAUGUUGAUUUGUGAAUUUACGUGUACCCUCGGAUCCUGUAUGCAGCGAGAACAAUAGAAGACAAUGUAAAUGAGGUUUUAUAGUAUAGUUGUAAAAUAAAAUAAAAUUAUAUGUAUAUUGUUAUUUAAUUAUAUAUUCAAAAUUGUUGAACGCCGUUCGCCUUUCUGCUUGUUGCCUGUUGUUGGGCCCUCUCUGGUUCCUUUGUAUUUUAUCUGUUUGUCCAUAGCCAGGGUUUCUGCCCUCGAUACAAUACCAGCACCGGGAUAUCUUUUCCUGGCCAUGUCUAUAUAGUUUUGUGUGAGAUCAUCUUGCGAUGACCUCAUUGAUUCGUGAUGAGAGGCCAGUAUGUUGCACAUGGUCCUUGCAAACGUGCAACAGGCCUCUGCCACUUAUUUUUGCAAAUCCGACAAGAAAUCAUUUCUGUAUCGGACGUUGACUUCCGGGUAGAGAAAAGUAGGAUAUCGAUCUUUCUCUGCGUGUCUCUGAAAUUCUUCAGAUUUGUCCUGGUGGUAGAAGCUACUCGCCAGGCUGUUGGAUAUGAGAGCAGUCAACUUGCCGUACUGCUCUUAGUGUGCCCCACUAUUAUGCUGGCUGGGGGAGUUUGUGUUUUUUCAGACCUCUUUCUGAGAGGGGCAGAAGAUGGUUGCUUUUUCUUUGGUAUCUUGUAACCAGAGAGGCCGUGCCUGGUGUUCUCGGGUGUGCGUUGGCCACAUUCAAUAAGUUCAUCUUUGCUGGUGGUUUCCAGCACAAUGUCAAGAAGUUCUUUUGUGUUAUCUGUGCAAGUAUAGGUAUAACAAUGUUGUGAGAUAUGUUGUGUGAUAUUAUUCUAUAUAUACAGAAAUAUAUACACACAUAUGAAUAUUUGUAUAGAGGUUUCACCAUUUGGAUGAUAUGUAUGCAAAACUUUUUGUUCUCAAUAAUUUUUUGGACAACCGAACCUGUGUAGUCGUGCCUGUACCCUAAAGGUGGGUCGUGUGAUUUUCAUAGGUUGCACAAUGAACCAAUGUCAUAGAUAUGUAGAUACAAAGAUCUGCAGAUACACAUUUUUCUAUGUGUACAUUACGUUUGCUUUAUAUUAUGUACAUGUAUAUAUGUGCACAGACAGGUGUAUGCUUUGCGGAUUCUGGUAUAUAUUGAUAUAAAUAUGAUUUUUGGCUAUAUAUGUAACGAGUAUCAUAUGAAAUACUGGCAUAGAGUGCUAAACCAUGUGAGGAGAACGAACAUUAAAGGUGUGGAUAAUUUGUAAUUUGUAAAGUAGAAAUGUAGUACCUUUCUUGGUGAUGGAUGAAUCACGUGUGUCUUCUUUGUCUUUUGGAAUGUAGUUGCUGGCCAUUAUAACAUGCUGAUUUUGUAGAUAGUCUUGUAUUAAAUUAGCAAGCGCAGGCUUGGUUUCGAGCGAGAGUGAAGCUCAGGGGCUGUCGUAUGCCUAUUUGUGGAGCAUAUGAUUGAUGGAUCUUGUGGUUAUCGUCAUAUAAGGCAUCCACAGUGAUGAUGUACGAACGGCAAACAUGACCGACGAGGGCGCCGUAGUAGACAAGCCUGAAGCAUUCUCCCGCUGAGAUCUUGGGGCACACUAUUCUAACAACAACCUGGAUCCAAGAUCUUCUAAAGUCACAAGAUUUUGUGAGAGGGCCAAGUGUGAUCUGGUUGAGGUUGGUAUUACACUGAUUUUUCUUAGUUUUGAAAAGCUGUGCUUGUCCUUUUUUAUGGUUUCAAACAAACAAGAUAGAAAGUAAUUACGUCCUUUGGCAGGGUAAUAUAAUAUUUUCUAUUCAUCCGAGGGACAUACCUUGAUUUUUUUAAGUAAGGGCUUGGCAGAGAGUAUGUAAAUGUCAUUUAAGGUUCCAAAAAUAACUCAAUUUUUCAAAAUCUUCAAUUUCAUGGCUAAGUUUAGCUGCUUCAAUUGCUCCAUUUCUACUGAAUAUCCCUUGUUUUACAUUCCCUUGAUCGCUUGAUGUAGUUCUAAUACCAUCUUCCAUUUCUACCUUCUUUAGAGGGAAUUAGAGCCAGUUGUGAGCGCAUUCAGCAACAAAAAGCAUGACAGAAAUGGUAAUGCCAUUAAUUUUUUUAUUUUACCAUGAUGCUUCAAGCAAGGCAAAUUUGAACAAAUAAACAUUCUUUGCACUUUUAGUUUUAAGGAAAUUCCGUAAUUUAAAUUUAUUUUUUCUUGUACCGGUUUGAUAAAUGUUAUUGUAAAAGUGGUCUGCGGUGGUGGAAAUGGAAAGAAAAGCGAAAGUUGUACCAACCGAAAAUUGCUGGUGGUAAAUGGUAUAAUUUUUACUUGGCAGCUAUUUUUAAAAGGAGGAAGGUUCUGGGCUAAGUAUCCAAAUGCCCUCAAAAAAUUUGGUUCCAUGUAUUACAGAAACAACUAAUUUGUUGAUUAGGUCAUAAAUGAAAUUCUGCUUAUGGAGAGCAACUCCUCGGAGCCUAACAAUAAUGAAAGUUUUGUCUCUUUUGGUGCAAGCAAUUUCUGAAAUCAACAACAAAGUUGAUACUUUAAUGAUAACUGUGUGUUGGCAAGUUUCUGUCACAAAUAUACAAGGCUUCACAAAUAUAAACAAAGGAGAUAAGGUUAGGAUUAAUAUGAUUCGAGAUAAUUGAAUGAUGAUUAAUGGAGUUUUCCUUAUCCAUGCCAUUUUGUUAGGAGAAAGUUUGCUCAUCAUCAUUGAUUAGAGAAAGCAAGCUCUAAAUCUUCUUCCACGUCUUUUCCAAUGUAUUCGUUACAGUCUUUUUUUCCAUUAUAAUGAUAAGUUGAAAAUCAUUUGACAUACACGCAGCAAUGUUUGAAGUCCUUUUGGAGAAAUCCACAAAAAAACAAGGCCGGUUCAAUCUCUGUUUCACAACUGUAUCGCUAAUUCGGUUACAACCAAAUAUAAAUGUUUCUUACCGGUCUAAGAAAACCUUAAUAUCACUCUUGUUUUUUCCCCACUCCUUUUUACAAUCAUUUUCUCCUCUCCCUCUCUCAUAUCUCUGGGUCUUGCCCCUUUAUUUUCCUGUCUUCUUAUGAAAAUUUACCGGGAAUGCUUAGAGCCCUCACAAUAGAAAUUGGGCUUACUGUAAAUGCUUGAGUGAUCAGAAGCACUUUUCAAACAAGCUUUUUCCGAAAAACUACCCAUCCUAUAGCUCCAACUUUCUUGUUUGCUUCCUAUUGAUGGGGAAUCAAAUAAAGUUUUGCUUUCUUCAAACACAUUGGAAGUGGAGAUUCAUUAGGUCAAUUUUGUUGUCAGGUUACAUUGCCAGUCUCUAGAUAAGUUUGUCUAUGUAUUCAGAGAUCCUACUUCUAUCUCUCCAUCCAUGCACCAUUUGGCAAUUGUAUGCCUAAGAAAAUUGCUGUAGCGAGAUAUAUUUUUUAAAUAACGAUAAUCUUUACUUAAUCUAAGCAGCCAAGCAGAUAAAAAAUAAUUGUUGAAACCCCGCAAAUGUGACUACCAUGCUGUAGAGUGAAAAAUUGCCAACAACUGCUGUUGCAAGCAUGCCUUCUAAUGACAAAAUCUAGAAGCCUUUUGCGUUCACAGUUUCUGACAUUUCUUUGCAAAAUCUUCCCCACCAAGAUGCAUCAGCAAGUCUUACAAGGUCAUCAGCUUCCUCUCCAGCUUUGACCAAUUGUUUGCCUGAAGAAAAAAGGAAAAAAUUAUCAAUUUAAUAGUAAAAAAAUGGAAACACUUAUGACGAGGGUAGACUUGAGAAAUGCAGGUAUUUUCAAGCUAAACUAUCAUUUUAAAACCAUUAGGCGGUCAUGAUGAAGGCUCUUGCUGACAUUACAAAAUCCAAGGCUAAAAAAACACUCUCAAAGAAACGCACAUUGACUCUUCAACUGACUUUUAUCUCAUUCAGAUAAAAGCUGCUAUCUUUCAGGUACAUGUAAUUUACAGUUUCUUUCAUCAAAAACUCACUGAGAGGGUUAUGGUUUUUCAGCUCCCUCCAAAUGAAUGCAGGGCAUACCCUUGGCCAUCUCGUCUUUUCUGUGUCUUCAACCUCGGCUUCGAUUUUCUCAAGUUGAUCCACAAUUAAUGAGACGAGUCGUGGCUAACCAAAGUUUGCACUUAAAUGGACGCUGUCUUUGUUCGACCAGAAAGGUCCCAGCGAUCAAAAUGCUUGUCUGCAUCUGCAACAUUUGAAGCAGAUGCCUAUCUUGCCUUCAUAUGAUUGUAAUGGCCGAGUCGGAUGUCUGCCUCAUCGAGCAACGGCAGAAUCGAUACUACAAGAACCUAUAAUGGAAGGCACUUGAAUUAUCUUGAUGUAUACGAGGAAAUCCAAAAUGGCAUUAGUUGUCAAAUGAUAAUAAAUAGCUAACAGUUUUUCAACAAGAUGUAGCUAUGUAUUAAGCCAAUAAAAUUCAUUUUCAUGUUAUGAUAAUAAUUCUGAUAAUAUUACAGCCUCCCUAGAAAGGAACAUAGAUAUUUUUGCAAUUUUGGCAUGAGAACCUUCCCCCCCCCCCUUCCAGCUUGUGCUAGAGUCAUUCUUUAAACAAAUGAUCUGAUACUGAAACAUUUCUCUUAGAUAAUAGACUUGAAUUUUGCAACAAUUAACAGAGAGGAACUUUUUGCGAGUUCGAAAUUUUAAACGCUGAACUUGCCAAACAUGAGGUUUCAAACCCUUUGGAGUUUAGCAAAUUAGGAGCACAACUAAGCGAUUUGGUAUUUGCGUAUAUUGGCUCUCCCAUCGACCACUCUGAUUUUCUUUUGCAUAGAGAACAUUUUCCAAGCACCAAAAUCUCUACUGGCUAACAAUGACAUCUUUAUUACAAAACCUGAUAAAGGGUCUGGAGUGGUAAUUUUGAACAAAAAGGACUACAUCAAAAAAUGCAGGUAAUUCUCCACGACAAAGGAAAAUCGCUAAAUUGGGUGAUGUCUAAACACAGGACAAAAUGGCCAAACUAGAGCAGAAAUUCCAAAAACGUUUGUUGGAACUGGUCAACUCAAAAGUGUUGGCUACAGAAAUUUAUGAUAGGAUAAGACCCACGGGCUCUCAACGACCACAAAUGUAUGGCCUCCCUAAAAUACACAAGCCGAACAUUCCACUCAGACCUAUCUUGUCUAUGAUUGGUUCAGCACAACCCCAACUGGCUAAGUGGCUUUCUGAAGUUUUGGUCCCUGUUCUUCAAAAAUAUUCAAAACAUUGCAUCAAGGAUUCUUCUACGUUUGCUGAGUUCAUGCAAAACUUGAACAACAAAAACGAAACAUUUUAAUGUGUUCUUUCGACAUUAGUAGUCUUUUCACAAAUGUCCCUUUGAUUGAAACCAUCCAAAUAUGUGCCGAUGCUUUGUACGGGAGCGAGCUUGAUAGCCUACCAUUCCCAAAGGGAGUAUUCAUUGAACUGAUGGAAACUGCAACACGUUCAGUUGAAUUCAGCUUCAACAAUGAAAUGUACCAACGAAAGGAUGGUGUUGCUAUGGGUAGCCCUCUGGGACCUGCCUUGGGCAAUAUCUUUGUCGGCUUUCAUGAAGGACAUUUUUUUGACUGCAAUCAAAAGCCAGGUGUUUAUUUUGGGUAUGUGGAUGAUACAUAUACCAUUUUCAAAACAGAGGCUGAGUGUGAUAUUUUCCUAAAACGGCUUAAUGGCUUUCACACAGCCCUACAUUUUACAUUUGAAAAGGAAGAAAAUAACUCCUUGCCAUUUCUAGAUGUUUUGGUUGAAAAAUCUGGCACUGGAUUUCUCACUAGUGUAUACCGUAAACCCACAUUUACGGGGUUAUACACUAGAUGGAGUUUGUUUUGCCCAAAACAAAGAAAAAUCAGCCUCAUCAAAACCUUGGUCUUGCAAAUCUGAAAUUACAACUAAAACCUGCAAUUGUGCUAUCAGGCAGCACUUACUAGAAAACCCAUAUUGUGCAAAAAACUUCAAUGGCGUCAUGUUUCGGAUUAUUGGUAAAGCCCGAUCGUUGUUCCACCUAGCAGUUUUGGAAUCUAUCUACAUGAGCACAAAAAAACCCCUACUGUGUAGACAAAAGGAGUUCGUUUUCACCUUAGGACUCCAUUGGUAACAUUCUCAAUAGGCAAGCGGCACUGAAUGGUCAACCUAUACAGUCUUGUGCUCGUGUUUCUGAUUAGCCUAUUUUGAUCCACAACUGGGUAUACAUAUUUCCAAGUUUAGAGUUUUCGAUCUAUGUUCUGACGUUUUAAACUCUGAAGGGUGUCAGACGAAAAGCUUUCAUGUGAACAAAAAUAAAAUGUUUGUUUUGCAGUAUUGGUCAUCUAAUUUCCCUAUUUUUAUCCCAAACUGGGUAUAUUUCCUAGCCAAUACAAAGAGCUUGUGUUUGCUAUUAAAUGUUUUUUUCCAAAAAAUGAAUGUCUUUCCUAUACAUGACUAGAUGGCUUUUUUAAAAAAUAGGUUAUUGCUUUUAUUCAACUUUUUAGAUAUGAAAAUUGGAUGCUUAUUUCUUCCAUUUUAAUAGUUUAAGUUUUCUAAUCACAGUCAUUUUAUUGUUUUAAAGCUUCGAUUUGACAAUUUUUAUAGUGGAUCUGCUGCAUCUGAUCACUGCACACUCUGACAGUGUUUUGAUAAAAAGGAGAAAUGUAGGAUCAGAUGUCAGAUCAAGGUAUGCAAACAGUUUUUUUCUCAUGGAAGUGGAGUGCAGAAUAAUAGCUGCCGCAAUGGAAAUUCUCCAGUUGCAGUCACUUGACGAUGUUCCACAAGAGAAUCAGGUCAGCAAUAGGCAGUCAUCUGGCACCACGGAAUCCUCUGCCAUUAGCACCAAUACACAGGUAAAAAUGCCUGCCAUUGUAAAUAUUUAGCUAGAGAAAAUGUUUUCAGAACUCAUAUGCAAAUGUAAAAUUGUCAGUGCAAAAUUACCUGACUUCAAGGUGUUUUUAAAAUUACAAACAAUUUAUGUUCAAGUAUUGGCAUAUAUUAGCCCUGCCUGGAUGUGACUGUGAUAGUGAACACAUUUCUAACCAGUAGCAUGAUGCAUAACGGGCAUAAUCAGCUAUGAAAAACCAUGGCAACAUUGCACGCACAGCAAUUAAGUGUAAGUCCCAAUCUGAAGUACGUGUUGGCCUAACAAGCAACAGAAGAAUUUCAACCAUUUCAAUAUACUGAGACCAGUAAUUGAAUGUACUAUUCGAAGUCUUCCUUUCCUUGAUGAAUUCAGAAUAUUUAUGAUAUAGCUUAGAAACUGAAGAGCUGAUAGAGAGGGUUGUCAAGCUUCCAUCGCUGUAAGAUUGUUUUGCCAGGUUGAUAAUGCCUUCUGCGUCCUCUUGCGUUAAUGAAUCCAAAAAAAGCCUCAAACCUGAUUUGCUGAAGUGCUUUGAACAUAAUUUUGUGAGAUCUCCUGGUUUGAUUCUAAUGCUUACCAGACAUGAUACCCUUGACAGAUCCUGCAGCAACAAUUUCUGAUUCCACAAGUAUGUCCUGGAAUGAAAGGCAUCUGACAGGUUCACAAUAUCUAAACAUGAUUUGCAUGUUUAAAUUGCAAGAUAUUAUUAGGAAAUAUGUUUUAGUAUUUUCAAUUAACUUGCAAGGCAUCCAAUAAUGCUAAAAAAAUUGUGAAAUACAGGACAGAAUUUCUAGAUAUAUAAUUUGCAAGCAACAAGUUUGAUUUAUUUAGGAAUAUUUUUUAGACAUUUCAUUGAAGCUUACUAUGUAAGCCAUUUCCUGGAAAUUACCUGAAGACCUCAAUCCUUGAAAAGUUUCGUUAUACCACUGCAGUAGAACAUAACCAUGUGGAAAUCACCAAGUCUCACAACAACACGGUCGAGAAAUUCCUGAUUUUUCCAGCGAAUCAUUUGAGCUUUGCAAUACACUGCCUCAUCAAACACAACAACAGCACAUUGGAGGGUCAGCUUGUCGGUCAUUGCAAUGCAUUUUUUGAGGGUUGUGUUUACAGUAUAAACUUCUGUGAUAGGGGCAUUGAUUACUGGCAAAUAUGUUAUGUUUGACAGGGAUUUGGGUUCCUUGUCCAACUUUGUGUUAAAUGCUGUCCAGCUUGGCAGUAUGUCAUUGUCCUCUUUGAUCAGUGAUUUGCACAAAAUGUAUGAGAAAUUGAUCUUGGACGAGCAUGGUCUUCAACCUGACCGACAGCACCGGGUUUCAGUUGAACUGAUUUGCAAUAUUCUGCAACUUUCAAAACUCCUGGUUUGCCAAGGUAGAAUUCUUCUAAAGGAAGAAAGGGUGCAUCAAUUUGCCUGCUUUUUUGCUUACUGUGGGUGUUUCAGCUCCUAAAGUUGUGUCUGACAUUGUGUUUUGAAUGCAAAUACCAUUUGCCACAUGGGUUGAUCCCUUGCCACUCAAGGUCUCCUCCUGAAAGUCUGCAUUGUCAUAAACAAACAUGGCUGGUGGCAAACCUGCAAGAAGACAUGUCAUUUUUCUAGAACUUAAAACAGCUAGUACAGUCUCAUGGUUCAUAACUUUUCAUCUGGAAUAUCUCUACUUUCUUAUCAAUUAUUGGUUCAUUGGAUCAUCCAGUGAGUCAAGCUAAGAAGUUAUAAAGCUCCACGGGAAUACUCUGAAAGGCAGCUUCUAAUGUCAGAUUGGCAGAUAUUGGGGGCCACUGGGAACCAAUCUCUGUUGCAUUCUUAUUGAUUUGUUUCAUGUGCAUUGCAAUAUUAAAGAACGGAGAGAACAUAUCAUUUCUCACUGUAAAUUGCUGUUCAUCGUCAGUUUCUUCUCCACUUCCCUCCUGAGACAUUGAAAAAACUGAACUUAGUAAAUAACUAUCUCCAACUUCCCCUACUCUCAGCUGCUCUAAAUACACAAUCUGGCUUUUUGCGGCAAAUGAAGGUGUAUAGCUUGGAGCAAAUUGAGCUUGGGAAACAUCCUGAACAAUCUUCUUUUCAGACCGCUUGACUGGUAGAAGGAUGCAUCCACAUCUUCGAUUUCCUUUACAUAAACAAUGAAUUUUACGACCGGAUCCUUGAGGUAAAAAAGUUCUUUGUUCUCGAUAAACCUUUUCUUGACAAAUUCAUCACAAAAUACAUUAAAUGCCUUAUCAUACAAGUGGUCAUUGUCUUCUUUUGUUUUCAAAGGAUUCGAAAUAAAUUUGGUAUACAACUGGUAGCAGUUACAAUGGUAUCUGGCUUCAACAGCCACAAAGUCUUUGGAUACUUUCAUCCUUCUUCAUUUCUCCAGCUUUUCGUAAGAGGCCACCAUCUAUAGUCUGACUUAAUGUCAAUGGCUGAACCACACGCUUCUUUGACACCUAGUGAAAAAGUGGCAGAAAUUACGACUGUUGUAAUUAGAUGAAUCUCAUAAAAGAAAACAAUUUGAUCACAGACAAAUCAGUACAUUGACAUCAUGUAAUUAUUUUAUUAAUCAUGUUCCUCUCUCAACAAGUAACCAGUUGGUGUACUGAUUUGAUCUUUUAGUUACUUUUUCUUUUUACCCUUCGAUAAACCAUUUUAAAAUACUUUAUUCAAUUGUAAAUACGAUAAAAAAUUAAAAAGAUCAAGUCAGUACAAUAUAUCAAAUUCAAUGACAGCAUAACUUUUUACCUUGUCAGUAAUAUUAAGUGUACUUUUCUUGCAAAUAAGGCACACUAAAGGGAGAACAUCUUUGUUCCUUCGUUCAAUUGAUAGGCCUGCCACACGACUUGAUGAGGUUCUUGUUGUGGUUCUUUUUUUCCGUGGACUUGGAGCUUUAAACUCACCAACCUUACUUUCUACACUUUUCUCUUUUCUGCUCUCUCAAAUUCUGAUUUGUCCGUAAACCGUCUAUAGCAAGUAUAAUGAAAAAGGGAUUGUUGAACAACCGGAGAAAUAAAAUCCAAACCAUCUGGUAUUCUAUCAAACGUUUUGCGUUGUCGUUGACACUUAUCCAUUCCUUUCUUCUUUGUAUGUAGAAUUUGAGAAUCUCGAAAGUUCCUCCUCAACGCCUUUGUAAUGAAUUAUGCAUGUUGGGAAGCCGGAGUAUCACUCCAGGUCGGCCACAUUUUAGGUGGUUACAUUCACGACCAUCUUUUCUGAGCCUCGCUUUCGUAAAUAUGACGUAAAAAUGGCCGAAAGUGGCCUAAAAUUUUUUUGCAAAGUUGUGCACUUUCCAGACGUUGGCUUGAAAAAACUGCAGGCAGAAAACGUGGGGACUUUUUUGAUUUUGAUAAAUCAACGUCAGCUCUAUUGAUGAUGGAAAGAUUGGGUAGAUCUAAAGGGUGCACCACAAAAGUUAAUAAAAAGUUGACUCAUUUUAUGGCCAAUUAUGUAUGCUUUAUAGUAUAGACUUUGUAAUAUCUUAGCAAGAUAUUGUGCCCUUUCACAUUGUCAAAAUUAUUAUGAACAAACCUUUUUAUAAACCGAAGUAGGUAAACCUGCAAGCACCCUCCUGGUAACAGAAGCCUAUACUUAAAACUUGUGAAAAUAUAUAAUUCCUUUGCAUUUAGGUAUCAGAACUUCUUCAACAAGCAAAUUCUACCCAAGCUUGUUUUUCCAACAAUCAGAAUGAACAAAAUAUGUGCAAGUUUCCUGGUUGCAGAAAAAUUUUCAAAGGAAAUGGCAAAGCAAAAAGGCUCCAUGAGGCAUGACACAAUUCAGGUUCAGCUAACCAGAUUAUAUGUUCCAUUACCAAAUUGCCUUUUUAGAGUACUGAAUGGUGAUAGAAAAAUUUUUUGAUACCAUUUCAGAAGGUGAUGGAGAAAGACUGUUUAGAAGCUGGAAAUUUAUGCUUCUUUAUCUGAAAGGUGACGGUGAAAGAAGUUCAAAAUAUGCAGUUGAGUACCUGUACUUGAUCUGCCAGAGGUACUGUCUUUCUUCAGAGCAUACAGCACAUACAUAGACUAAUGUGGAACAGGUUUGUAAAAAACAAAAGUGGAUUUGGAGGCAACAUGCCACUCGAUCUGGCACUGGAGCAUUUCAAUAGGCUGCUUAAAAAUGUCAUCAGAAUGCUUGGGCCAAAUGCAUGUAAUCGUCAGGGAGUUGACAGAUGCUGCAAAGCUUUGGCAACAAGCAAGGCAGUUAUUGAGAAAUGGGACGAAGAUACCAGCUUUGUUGCUAAAGGGCGUAGGCAUAAUGUACCUAAAUGUCUCUCAUGAUAUGGAAAGAAUUAUCAAAGAGCCUAUUGAGUGUCAGGCUUUCAAGAAGAUUCUUGGACGUAAAUACAAGCAUUAUCGGGACUUCGAUAAAAGUUUGAUCUCUGAUUUAGACAUUUCUGGCAUCUUUAAAUGGAUAAGCAACCAUGUGAACUUGGCAAGAAAAAAUAAAACUGCACGUUAAGGACCACCUUUCAAAAACAGUUUAUUGAACAAGUGAUUUCAGGGGUCAGGGAUGUUAGAGCCAACAGUCAUAUAUAUAUCAACAAUAGUGUAAUAUAAUACAAUACAAUAGAGUUUAUUGUUCAAAAGUGGUGAGUUUUAUAAGUUAUUCCCUCCCUUUUGUGUCAGCACUUGCAGCAAACUAACUGGCUAGCCUAUGUUUGUUCGUGCAAAAUGUUUUAUCAAUUCGACACAUUUUCUGGCUCUGGAAGCAAAGACAGCCUGUAAGACUUCAUCAUGUCUCUCAACUGGAUUUUAGCUUCUUUCGAAACUUUUCAACUUUUCAAAUUUGCUGGGAUUCCGCUACAGAAGGUGGUGGUGUGAAGGCUGUUAACAUAUAUUCUUCAUUUUUUGAAAUACAACUAGCAGCACAGGUGUCACAACAGUUGCAUUUUGAAACUCCCUCUUUCUCUUUAGACUCUGGAAAGAAUUUCUUGAUCUCACCCCUUCUGAAAUUUUGAGUAUCUGCAUAUAUUUUGAUGUCUUCGUCUGAUUGUUUAAGCAGCAUUCCAUUAUAUAGAAAAAUGCAAGUACUUUCCUCUCCUCCUCUUCCAGCCCGUCCACAUUCUUGUAAAUAUGCUUUACUCUGCCUUUCUCAAAGCCGGCUAUAUUCUUCCUGCAUAUGCUGUCUUUUGCAAAAAAAUUCCAAUCACAAUCAAAUGAAAUUUCAGAUGAGCACUCCAACGAAAACGAUUUCACAUUUGAGGCUGUUUAUGAUCAGUGACUCACGUGGAGCACCUUCUUUUUACUUGUCUGCAGCUCUAUAAAUAUUUUGUUAUUUGAACGUCAAAUUUUAAGCACAUCUUUCUAAAUUUGUAAAUGACAAAUCUUACACAUUAAUUGAGGAACCUAAGAAGAUGAGUGGUAAAAUUACAGAUUACAAAUUGUUUCACAAAAAUAAAUCAAAUCAAUCAUGGUAAGCAUUAUUGUGAAAAAGCAAAGAUUUGGAGAAUAAAUUUUCUCUAAAAUGCUCUCUUGAUUGUACAUGAGUUUUCUAUGCUGGACAGUUUAAAGAGGCAUCAACGCAAAAAUAAUGGCAUCAGCAAAAACGGUUUUUGUCAUUCUAGUGUGUUAUGUGAACAAGGAAGAAAAUCACAAAAAGACUCAAUGUUGUCUAGAAUACAGAAAGGGGGUUUGAUUUAGGAACAGAAAGUUGAAGCACUCCAGGCACUUGUUUCUUCAAUUUCCAUGCUACUAACUUCCAAGAUAAAAUCUAGCUACCCUGCUUUCAGUAUGCUGGCGAUUUAGCUAUACCUGUUCAUGGAAGCCCAAACGAUAUAUCCAUCUUUGACUCUGCCUUGAAUGAACCCCUUUAAAAGUAAAUUUCUUGGUCUUUAUCCACUAAUCUUGUUCUAAAUCAAAAUACGACAAAGGUUAAAGUUUUGUGUACAAAACAUAUUUCAAAGCACCCCAGUCUCCAAAACUACAAUGAAGUUAGACCAGGAGGAAUUAGACCAAAUUUAUGGGACCAAGCGCUUUUGGUCAAUUCGAGGGUACUGAUUCCGAAAAUCGAUGUUAUACGGGGAUUUUGGGGGCCAUCAGCCUCUUUUUCGUGUUUUAGGUCUCGUUUUCAUGUAUUUUAUGGAAACAAGCGGCAAAACAGUUUAAAGUGGAAAUAGGUGAAUUCUUAAAGUAGAUUUGGUAUCUUUGCUGGGCAUUAACGUUAAACAUUCGAUUUUGGCUUGUCAGGGGGGCAAGCAGCCUCGUUUUCACAAUGCUAAAACUUUGAUGUCAAAUAGGUGUAAAAUGAAGUCUUAACAUAACAAGAAAUAAUAAACGCAUUGAAAAUCAUGAAAUGAGAAUUGAAAAUAUAAUUUUGAGAAAAUAUAAUGCAAAAAGCUACUUCAAAAAACCCAAUUACAAUCAACACAACAAAAAAUUAAUCUACUAAUACUAAUAUGCGGAUAUGCAAAUGAGCCCCGAACAAAAGAUCCACACCGCACGGCGGUUCAACCCCUUUUUCUCCCCGAAGGGCAUAGCGGAUCUUCCCCGGCAAGGUCUCAAAUCGAAGCUAGAUAAUUGAUUUGCUAUCAUAAAGGUAUAAUGUUUUUUUGCUGCCUUUUUUCUCGAGAUAUUUGGCGUUUUCUGAAGCAUCGUCUCGAUCACCGUUAGUGCUCUCCGAGGUCUUUGUCCUGUGUUUCUAAAGGUUCUUUCUCUCUCUUUUCUAUUACUCUCUGUAAAAGAUUGCCACACCGCCCGGCGGUUCAACCCCUUUGUCUCCCCGAAGGGCAGAGCGGAUUUUCCCCGGCAAGGUCUCAAAUCGAAGCUAGAUAAUUGAUUUGCUAUCGUAAAGGUAUAACGUUUUUUUUGCUGCCUUUUUUCUCGAGAUAUUUGGCGUUUUCUGAAGCAUCGUCUCGAUCACCGUUAGUGCUCUCCGUGGUCUUUGUCCCGUGUUUCUAAAGGUUCUUUCUCUCUCUAUUCUUACGGUCUGAAGAUUCCCCGAAUGUUUCUUCAAAAAUCAGAAAUUAAUUUCAAAGGAUCCUGCUUUGUUUCUUGCUGCUUUUUGUGCAGUUUUCAAAUGAGCAUUUUUCGCUAGCGUGGAUGAGGAGCGAAAAGUGAUCUGCGAAAAAGGAAUUAUAGUUUUAAUCGUAAUGGAUGAAGUUUGAAUAUGCCACGUCGAGUUGGUAUUAAUCGCCAAAUACAGAGAGAGCAGCAAAGACAAUAUUAUCAAAACCGCCGUGACCCCAAUGCACCUCCAAAUCCAGCUGCUGAUGAAGUUCCAGAUGAACAGCAACCUGCAGCUGCUGUAAAUGAAUUAGCUGCACUGCAGCUUCAAGUUGCACAAAAUGAGGUGCCACCACAACAGGGUAAUGAGCAAGCUGAAAUUGUGCAGCAGCCACAACAUGAUCAACAGCAACUGGCUGUGCAACAGAAUCCAGAUUUGCAAAUUGUGCAGCAGCCACAACAUGACCAACAGCAACCAGUUGUACACCAGAAUCCAGAUUUGCAGCCACAGCUCUUGUUCAACCUGCCACAACCACAUUACCUUGGUAUGAUGCAAAAUUCAUGUCAUCAUUGUCGUGGCAAAUUUUUCAUUGGUGAGCAGAAUUCACAUAAUGUAUUCACCAAGUGUUGCUUUCAAGGUAAAGUCACUCUACCACUAAUAACACUACCUUCAGGAAAUAUUAUUGACCUAUUCAGUGCAGAAACACCACAGUCACGGCAUUUUUUAGAAAACAUUCGUCAAUACAAUGCAGCUAUGGCAAUGGCUUCCUGGAAUGCCACUGUCAACCAACUUCCUGGUAGAGGACCCCGUGUUGUCACCAUUCAUGGGCAAACCUACCACUUGACAAGUGCAACAGAUGCAGCUGAUGGUGAACGUCCACAGUAUUCACAAUUAUACAUACUGGAUACAAAUCAAGCAUUGCAGGAAAGAAUUAAUGAUCCAAGAAAUGCAAACCUGUAA